UGAACUUCAUCGGAUCUCGCGAUAGUUGACACAUCAACCGGAAUGUGGAUGAGGGGAUGAUGAUAGAGGAGCUUGCUUCUGCUUAGAACAGGGUGAACUCAAAAAAACUGUUGAAGUUCAAGACGAGAUGGUAGAGUGAGGAGGAGGAGGGAGGAAGAGGAGGAGGAGAAGGAGGGGGGGUUGCCGCUUCCCCCUGCUGACGUCACCAGCCUGCGUGAGAGUCAAAACAACCGUUGGCUGCGGUAACGGUAGCUCCCCGCAGCCUCUCGGAAAUCCGUUUGAAGUGGCUCCAAAAGAUUAUUUGUGCGCGGGUCCGUAACGCAGGAGCGACAGGCGCUUAUCUUAUUCCUAGCCCCGGAUACUCAUCAGGAAGCGGAGGAGAGAGGGAAAAAAAGAAAAAAGAAGAAGAAGUAAGCCAAGCGGUGUGUGAGGAGCAGGUGCGCAGGAACAUCCCCGCACCUGUCGCUACAGGCUGAGUCACUACUGGUGAGGAGGAAGCCCUGGAGAGUGAAAGCGAGGGUUGGAGGAGGUGGAGGAGAAGAGGAUAAAAAAGACGAAGAAGAAGAAGACGGAGGGUGGGAGAUAAGCCACAACAGGAAGUGAAACGACACACACAUACAUGUUUGUGUGUGUAUCUGAGAGAGACUGCGUAAACUAGAGAACGAGAAAGGAAGGAAGGGAGGGAGAGUGACGCGGAGGCUGGGAGAGCCGGGCGCCCCCCCCCCCCCCUCGCUCCUCGCCUCCUCUCCCUCUCUCCUCCUCUUCUCCCCUCCUCCCUCCCUCUCUCUCUGUGUGGAGCAGGCGUGUAGCGGCAUCAGACCCGACGUGAAGGAACCAUGAGCGAUGUCACCAUCGUUAGAGAGGGAUGGCUCCAGAAAAGGGGUGAAUACAUAAAGAACUGGCGACCUCGUUACUUCUUGCUGAAGACAGACGGCUCUUUCAUCGGCUAUAAGGAGAAGCCUCAGGAUGCAGACCUGCCCUACCCACUAAAUAACUUCUCUGUAGCAAAAUGUCAGCUGAUGAAGACAGAGAGGCCAAAGCCCAACACCUUCAUCAUCCGCUGCCUCCAGUGGACGACGGUCAUCGAGAGGACUUUCCAUGUGGACUCACCUGAUGAAAGGGAUGAGUGGACAGAAGCCAUCCAGAUGGUGGCAGACAAGUUGCAGAGACAAGAGGAGGAAAGGAUCCAGUGCAGCCCCACAUCCAACAUCGACAACAUGGUUGAAGAAGAAAUGGACAUCUCCACGACUCACCACAAACGCAAGACAAUGAGUGACUUUGACUACUUGAAGCUGCUGGGAAAGGGAACAUUUGGAAAAGUGAUUCUAGUGCGAGAAAAGGCCAGCGGAAAAUAUUAUGCAAUGAAAAUCCUUAAAAAAGAAGUCAUCAUAGCCAAGGAUGAAGUGGCUCACACACUGACAGAGAGCAGAGUACUAAAAAACACCAGGCACCCUUUUCUAACGUCUCUGAAGUAUUCGUUCCAGACGAAGGACCGCCUCUGCUUUGUCAUGGAGUAUGUGAAUGGGGGGGAGCUGUUUUUUCAUUUGUCUCGAGAGCGAGUGUUCUCCGAAGACCGCACACGCUUCUACGGCGCCGAGAUCGUCUCAGCCCUCAACUACCUGCAUUCAGCCAAGAUCGUGUACCGGGACCUAAAGUUGGAAAACUUGAUGCUGGAUAAAGACGGCCAUAUCAAAAUCACUGAUUUUGGACUCUGCAAGGAAGGCAUCACCGACGCUGCUACCAUGAAGACGUUCUGUGGCACACCAGAGUACCUCGCACCAGAGGUCCUGGAGGACAACGAUUAUGGCCGGGCGGUGGACUGGUGGGGUUUGGGCGUGGUGACGUACGAGAUGAUGUGUGGACGAUUGCCGUUCUACAAUCAGGACCAUGAGAAGCUUUUUGAGCUCAUCCUCAUGGAGGAAAUUAAGUUUCCACGCACUCUGUCGGCAGACGCCAAGUCGCUGCUGUCAGGUCUCCUCAUCAAAGACCCCAACAAAAGACUUGGGGGAGGGCCGGAUGAUGCUAAAGAAAUAAUGAGACACAGUUUCUUCUCUGGCGUCGACUGGCAGGAUGUUUAUGAUAAAAAGCUUGUCCCUCCUUUCAAGCCUCAGGUGACGUCAGAAACAGACACCAGGUAUUUUGAUGAGGAGUUCACGGCUCAGACCAUCACAAUCACUCCACCGGAGAAAUUCGACGAGGACGGGAUGGACUGUCUGGACAACGAGAGACGGCCGCACUUCCCACAAUUCUCGUACUCUGCUAGUGGACGUGAAUGAACUGUCCAUCAGUGACAUCAUCAAAGCUGGUCUCUGAGGUCAUCAGUGUGGGACCCAAAAAACCCAACAACAAACAAAUCCACCCACAGCUUUGGACCAAGCCAGCUUUAGAGGAUUCUUCCCGCCUCCUUCAUUCCUUCUCUCCUCUUCACCUCUGCAGUCUGCUUUUUUAUUUAUUAUUCAUACUUUUGUCGAAAAAAACAAACAAAACGGAAAGAAAAAAAACAACCACCCAAGCGAUCUAAACUGUGAUGAGAUCAGUUGUGAUGACCCUUUAAGGACAGGAGCUUCACUGGAGCGCGCUGUGCUCUGAUGUGUGUCUGUUCUCCACAAACACUGAUGGAUGCUCGUUUCCACGGUUUCUCUGUCGUUCCUCGUCUGCAUGACGGGAACAAAAGUCCAUCAAACACAAACUGCCAUUACCGGUAGUGUCUUCUUGCAAACAGACUCAGAGACACUUUAGAUCCAUCUUUAAACCCGCACUCCACUGAUUCUGGGACUGACCGAGCCAUAGUGAUCGGUGAGCAGAAUCUUACACCUCAUGUUGUCAAGCAGGAUUUGACUCAGGUGUUACUCAGUGCGAGUUCUUGUCGUUGCUGCUACUUCAACUAUUACAAUACUACAGGUACUACUGUUGCUUGUCUACUGCUACUACUAAAGCCCGGUGCUACACUUGUUGUGAAUGCUGCUGAUCAUUACACAAGCGCCAGCCAAACUCCAACCACCUGUCUGAACAGCUACAGCUGCAGAACACCUCUGACCUGCAGACCACGGUGUGAGAUGCUCACGUGAGCUCCAGACGAGUCUCAGAACACACCUCAAAGCACAGCGGCUCCGGCAGGUGAAGCUCCCGCGCAAAUGAGCGGCACUCCAUUACCCACAAUGCAGUGCACGCCAGUUAAUGCCACAGAGACGGUGAAAAAGAGAGGAAAGCAGAAAGCUUGAAUGUUCCCCAUAAACUUUUUUUUUUCCUUCCAAACAGACUUUUUUCCUUUGUCUCUAAGAAAAAGAAGAAAAAAAAACAAAAAAAGGGAAACCGAAGCGGUACUUGUGUUGAAACCACUGAAAGCUUUACUGUGACAUGUUUUUGGGUCCACACGGCUGUACCUCUGUGUGUGUCUGCAGCAGGAGCAGAUUCAGCAGAAAUCUCUAAGAGAAAAACAUAGAAUGAAAAGUUUAUUACUUUAUUGUUGAGAAGUGACACGACGGCUGAUCUGACUCCUGAAACAGUCAGAAAGUUAAAUAGGCAGACAUAUUUAAGAGAAAGAAAAAGAAAAUUGGGUUUACGAGAAUCACAGCAAUUGCUAUAUAAUAUUUGUUGUAUUUAUUGUUUAUCUGGUUUGGUUUUAUAUUUAACUUUUUUCUAUUCUAUUGUUCUAGAAAAGAAAUAUAUUAUUUCUUAGGGCUGAGAGGCGGAAAAAAAUUGCACCUCAAGAAACAAAAAUGGCUGACGAAUGUAGGAGGUAUCGCAGAUAGCCUUCCUGCUGCAUUGUUUGUUUUAUUUUGAUGUUUUUGUGUUGUUUUGUGACCAAAAUGUGACAGCUGGGACGUGACGGGCACGUUAAAGACAGACCAUCGAGAAAACAACGUUUUUCCUUUUUCCUAAAAAGGACUCAAAAGUUCUAAUCUUACUGCGGGCACAGCGGCCAAGUUCAGAGAGAAACAGGAAGUGGUUCCGAACGCAAAAGAGAGAAGCACAAAAGUCUGAAUGUACAGCAAAGGAGGAGGCCGAGGGAGGAACUGUAAGUGUUUAUCUUCACUGUAGGUGUGUGAGGAAGGUGGCGGGUGGAGUGGAGGAGGUCGGGUCUGUCUCUAACGUGCGCCAUCGCCCCCUUCAGACUGGAUUGUGUGUGUUUUUUGCAGCUGUCCAAUUGUCAUGUCUUCCAGUCUUAGGAAAGAAAAAAAAUCCCCUCAGUUUCUGUUUUCAAAUGCCGAGUAAGCCUUACGGUUUAGCUCAGAACAAGUCAAACACUUUGACAUCCAGCACUUCUGAGUGACAUUCAAGUAUGAGGUAUUACAUUGGUUAAAAAAAAAAAAAAGAUCUGCACCUAAAGAGAACGGCUUCAUCCUGAUACAGGUUAAAGAGUAUCUAGGGAUGUGUGCUAAAUAUUUAUUUGAAUGUUUAUAUGACUAUCAUUGAUGGCUAACUUGAAUUUAUUUUCUAUUUAAUUUAUUUGUUGUAUUUUUUUAUAUUGCCAUUUCACAGUUAGGAGGGGAGGUUAGAAGUAUUUCAACAUUUUGGUUUGAAAAAAUGUUUUUUCCUCUUUAAAGAUAGCUCAUAUACAUCUCAGAAAACAUCCGUUUUUCCGGCUGCUCUGAAACUCACAUGCUUUGCUGUUGCACAACUGUUAAAAUGCUAACAGCUAGAAAACCUGCUUUACGGCAGAAACAACAAAAAAACAAACAGAAUGGCGCUGGCCUGCAUGCUGUUGUCCGCCUCUGUCGGCAUCACCGGUACAAAGUUGCACUCUGAAGUCUAAUGACAAAUACUUCCCAGUGAUCGACUGAGUUCAGGAAAAGUUCCCAUCCCAAGCUGGCGUCCGUAACCGACCCGAGUAUUUGGAAGGAUUUCGUUUUGACCCGAGCCACCGAGGAGUUCUAGCUGUGCACGCUUCAUGCCAAAACCUUUAGAAACCAGAGCUCCUAAGAUAUCGCUUUGUAGCUUUGAACACAGCACUUUCACACUCAUCACUUUUGAUAUGAUUCAGAGAAAUCUGAGUCAGCCUGCUUUAAAGCAAGAUUUUUUAGCUUUUUUAUGUUUGAAAGAAAAUGUUCCUUUAUUUGUAUAUAUGCUCCCCUUCACACAAAACUGCUGACUUUGAUGUUGGCAAGACCUGGAUGGAAUGUUUUGAAUGCAGUAAAAAAAAAAAGAAAGAAAGCCCGAGCAGACAGCGAUGCAGGCUCACUGGGAAGAUUUAGCAAACCGGUCAGUAUUUCUAAUUGAAAAGAAAAUCCUCAUUGCACUAAUUUCAUGUGGUUUGAAAAGUUUUCCCGCCAACCAGCCUCCCGAGUCUUCGGUCUAGCAUCACAGGCUGAUCCUGGAGCAAAGGUGAAAGAGAAAAGAAGGAUCCAUCUUAGUAAUUUUUCUUUAUCUGCGUGGGCUUACCAGCAGCAAAAGGAUCUCCCAAACUGGAUGCAGAAGUUCCUUUUCAGCCUUCAGAGCUUUACUGGUGGAGAUGGAACGCUCUCAAAGCUGCUACCGUUUUUACUGUAUGUCCAGCUCACACCUGACUUCAGGAGCGUUUCUCUUUUAAAGACUUCCGCUGCUCUGAAUUGAUUUUUCAUAAGCCCUGGUUCAUAGAUCACACUCCACCUGGCUUCUACUGCAGAGAAACACUUCUCUGAAAGAUUUGUAGGAAAAGAAAAGCAUAUCUGCAGCAGAGACCCUCCUUUACUCUCAUACAUCCUGACAGCUACUUUAACAAACAAGCAUGAGAUGCAUUUAUUUUACUAAACAUGUAAAAAUACUACAGCUGGUGCCAGAUUGGACCUCGAUUCUCUGAAGACCCGACACAUCUAGGUAGCCUCUGCUUCCUGAAACGCCAGAGCAGCAGAGAGGAUGCUGGGAAACGCAGCAGAUCCUGACAGUUUCCUAGAAAACCAGGCUUUUUUUUCUGUCCUGUGGGAACGCAGUGCCGCUGGCUGUUGAGGGCACAGGGAUGUGAAAACAACCGAUUACCAUCAACGUGAAGCUGUUUUUUACCCUGUACAUCUUUAGUAUUUUUACACAUGAAAUGCAUAUGAUAGGGAUACACAUUAUUUUCUUCUUACAGACAGCUUCAAUAAAGCACUUCAAACUGC